GUGGUUUAAAAUAUUUUGUGCGUAUUUCCUGUCUGAAUAAGCUUGAUAAAUAGUCGGUACUUAUCAGUUGGAAAGUAAAACACUGUAAAGCACCACUUGGAUCAGAUUUACCGUAGAAAGUAAUUCUGCAUACUGACUUUAAAAUGGAAAUUAAAAUUCUGUUGUUUUGCAUUGCUAUGGCAUUGAACACUGUUUUAGGAGAUAAUUGCAAAUCACCUUAUGUGAGGGUAGGAGAUGGUUGUUACUUCAUCAGUAAUGACAUGGUGUCUGGGGAUGAAGCAUUUGCAAUCUGUGCAAAGAGGGGUGCUUACCUGGCUAAUUUUGAAACCCUUGAGGAAGCCAUGAUAAUGAAAGCGGAACUUACGCAAAAUAAAUCAGGUCUACACUAUUACGUUGGAGGAAGAAAUAUAGAUCGAUAUAUUCCUGGUGGUGAUUGGAGGUGGAUUAGAAAUGGACAGAUGACAAAAAUAGCAUACAAAGCCUUCGGAUCAGGACAACCGGAUGGAUCAAAUGCAUCACCACAAGAUUGUAUGUUCUUCUAUGCUGCGGAAAGAUAUAUAUUCCAUGAUGUCUAUUGUGAUAAUGGAAGCUAUCGUGGAGGAUACAUUUGUGAGAAAUAUUGAGCCAUUGAAUUAACUUUCGUGUGUUCUUUCCAAAUAAAAUAUGUUUGCUGA